CCAUCCAUUGGCACUCCAACUUCUUCCCCUUCAAAUAAUCGCGCGGGCUUGUGCUAAGCCGUGACAAGUGUCAUAUAGGCAGCUACAGAGAUCAGGAUGGACCUCAGGGCGCUCGCCUUUGCCGCUACCGUGCUCCUCGCCCUGGCCGCGCCGGCGCCGGUACUCGGGCAGGGCGUGGCGACGUCGUGCACAGCGUCGCUCAUCACCAGCUUCACGCCGUGCCUCAGCUUCCUGACCAACAGCACCAACGGCGGGGGGUCGUCGCCGACGGCGGACUGCUGCCGGUCCCUGUCGGCGGUGGUGACCACGAGCACCAGCUGUGCCUGCCUCAUCCUGACCGGCAACGUGCCGCUCGGCCUGCCGAUCAACCGGACCCUCGCCGUCACGCUGCCCAAGGCCUGCAACUCCAUGUCCGUCCCGCUCCAGUGCAAAGAUACGUCGGCUCAGCUCCCAGCUCCGGGCCCCGUCGCAGUCUCUCCUGCCAUGCCCCCGCUGCCGCCAAUGACGCCGGAGUCGCCGGAACCACCGUCCGAGACCACCGUGACGAUGCCGCCGGCUAGCCAGACCCAGGGGCAGACGAGGCCGCAGGUGGUGCCCAGUUCUGCCUGGAGGAACAGUGCGCCUGUGUCCAUGAUGCUCUUCAUCAUUGGAGCCAUGCUGGUCUGAUCCGAUUCGAGUUAAACUGAGCACGCAGGGCGGCUCUGUUGCUGCAAGACGUGCUGAUUAGUAUACUAGUACUACGAGUUUUUCGUGCUUGUUUCGUCGGACACUUGUACACAUAUGAAAAUAGUAUAAUUAAUUCAAUCAUUGGGCAAGUACACAA